UGCGAUGUUCUCGAAUCCAACAACAAAUCAAGAAAUAUCGCAACGGUCACUAUCUCACCUAAAAUCUGGGAACUUCUUGACGAAAAUGCACUUAUCAAUGAAGCUCUCGGAACCAUUGAGAUUCCGGGAAUUGACACGGUGACUAAAUUAACGAAGACUAAAUUAAAUCCUCUCCUUUACAAAGCGAAACAACUUCUAACCGAAAACAUGGGUGACGAUUGGGUUGUGCAGCUGAGUACACAGGACCAACAUUUGCAAAUUGCCCUCAAACCCCGAAGGUACGCGAAUUCCAUAUUUCGUGGAUGA